CUUCAUUCCUUACUUCUGUGCUGUUCGGAUAGGGAAACUUCUGUCAACCAUUCUCAUUGUCUUCCCUUGUUUCUGUGUGGCUGCAGGUUGUGCGCGGCCCCCCGGCGUGCAGCACGGAGACUUGCUGAACCAGACCGAAGCCAACCGGGGGUCUUUCCCCCUGGGCGCCCUGCUGACCUAUGGCUGUGAGCCCGGCUACACCGCAGAUGGAGCCACCACCAUCUUCUGCACCAGCUCCGGGGACUGGACCCCUCAACCUCCACGCUGCAUCAGGAGCAGCGUGUGCUCUCCCCCCACGGAGCCAGAGAACGGGGGCUACCGCUGUCACCCGUCUCCCUGCCCCCGCCUCGCCCAGAAGACCGUCAUCGAGUACUUCUGUGACGAGGGCUACGCUCUGAAGGGAGACUACAAGUUCCUCACCUGCCAGAACGGAGAGUGGGACGGGCCCAUGCAGAUCAGCUGUCGCCUCACACAAGACAAGGAGCCCAGUUCUCCUCUGGGGAUCCCCACUCUGUCCAUCGUGGCGGCCACAGCCAGCUCCGUGGCUCUCAUCCUGCUGCUGGUGGUGCUGUUUGUUCUCGUUCAGCCGAAACUCAAGUCCUUCCAUCACAGCAGGAGGGAGCAAGGGGUGUCCGGCCAGUCCAGCUCCAUCAUGGUGGAGGGGGUCCAGGUGACGCUGCCCUCCUAUGAGGAGGCUGUUUAUGGAGGAGGUGGACCCUGUGGGGCCUCUGGUCCUCCACCUUCUCCGUCUCCCCCCGAGGCUCCUACCGAGUCUCGGGUCCCCAUCGUGCUCUCUGAGGGUCCUCAGGGGGCCGCCGGGGGCCCCAGCAGGAGCCGCCCCCACAGAGACUUUGACUUAUGUCUCCCAUCCACGUCCUCCUCAUCGUCCUCCUCCUCCCGGCGCCACGCAGAGACGGCGCUGGUUCAUCAGGCCCCUUCUUCCUCCUCCUCUUCCUCAUCAUCAUGGGCUAGAGAGCACCCUGGGGGUGCCUGCGCCGGCCCCCUACCUCUCCGUAGAGACUCAGAGAGCAGCGACCAGCACAGUCUGCUCUCCGUCACCUCUGUGGACGACUUCUCUGACGAUAUCCCCCUGCUGAAGGAAGCAUGAAGCCUCCAGCCUGCUAGCAGCAGAGUCCUUAUUUCCCUCUCUCACUGCUGACCAGGACUGACUGUGGCUGUCAACCUACUUUCCCCCCCACUCCCCUCACAGCCUGCAGAGAAAAGACUAGAACUAUGCCCCCAUUCCCCAAUGCAACCCCUUCUGCCAUUGCUUUCCAUGCAGAGCAAAGCCAACAACCAAUACUUGCAAUGAUGGAGCACCACUGCACCCAGCUGCUGGAUCGAAAUAAAGACAAGCCAGACAAUGAGGUGGUGCCAGCUCAACAUAAAUCCUUUAGGUCCUUUGUAUAUGUAAGACAUACAUACUGAGUCACGGUUGUGUACUAUAGGCUUUGUUUUAUCACACACUUGCCUCCUCCCAGGUGUACUUCUCUAUAUAAACAUUGCUCUCAGAGGCUUCAUCGGAAAAAGGCUAUAGCAACACGUCCACUCAGUCUGGGAUUGCUGCGGAUAAAACAAAAAAAAAUACUCCUGAUGUUCGCCCCUGAUUUUCACGCCUGACGCUGCGGCGCUCGGAAUCAAAAAUCGUCUUCCCGCUGUACUUGAAAAAGUUGUGAGUGACGGCUGGGAUCUGUGAAUGCUGCAUGUGGUUUUUAGUUAUUGCUGUCAGAGCGCCAUGGCCCGCUGAAAGAAGCACGAAGCCUCCUCUGUCUCUCCCUCUCUGUGUAUCCGUGAGGCGUCUAGCUUAUGGAUCGGUGGGAUUGAGAACCACGUCACAAGAGCUAAAAGCAGGCUGCAGCAUUUCUUUUAACACCAUAUCACAACGCUUUUCGUUUCUGCCGCCAGCCGCACCCAAUUAAUUGAUGAUUUAGAUUCAGGACUUUGCUUUAAGUCUUACCUGUAUAAGGAGACAUGGGAUGCUUUCCAUCAUGCUAGCAUCUGGAUAGCAUCAGUUUAUACAACUUGAUAGAAGACGUUCUAGUAGGAUACUCUUUUGAUUUUCCUUUGCUCCAAGCCCCUAAGAAGCCUUGUCUCCUCAGUCCUUGUUUCCUCAAGGUUCAUUUAAGGGAUGGAAGAUCCACCAUGAUGUCAGUUUUCGGUUCCUAGGGGAAAAGAGGAAGUGAGGAAGAAUACGUUGGCAUGAUGAAAAGCACGAUUAUGUCACAUUUUGUCUGAGAGCUGAGAAGAGUCUUUUUUUCUUCGAGGUGAUCGGACACUUGACUAAACUUUAAGCUUUUUUUCUGCAGUCUGUAUUUAUUGGUGUGUGGCUCAGUUGGCUUUGACUUGCUGAAUCUGUGAGUGUGUAUCUUUAUGUGUCAGCUAGUUCAGGACAUGUAGUCAUGCGGUCGCCUCGAUACAGCCAUUUCCUGAUUCGCCUUGCUUCACAAUGUCCCCGUCUUUCACCAUAGGAAAAUAUCCAUCCCAGCACUGAAUAAGUCACAUGAACAAACCAGCGUCCCGUCAGCCAAGUAGUCCACUACACAAUGCGUGUAUUAUUCAUGUUCUCUCAUUCUAGAAUAUUCAUCAUUUUCUGCUGAAUGGCUGGAAACCCAAAUCCCCUCAGAGGAACUGGCUCUCGCCCACCUUCCCACUGAAUCAGACUCUCCACUAUUGUGCAUUAUUGACACAACUGCAACUGGUUGCAGUGCAACGUUUUGUGAAACACCCCAACCUCGCCUCACACACUCACUCGUCCUCCCUAAUGCCAAGUGCAAAUUUAAGAAAGUAUCCUAUUAUUUAGUUAGAAAUCUGUUUUAAUUGAAAAGCUUUUAGUGGUUGAGCUGGUCACCCUGGAAACGACAUGACUCGGAUGGAUCAGGAGAAUUACCUUUCAAGCUAAACUGCUCAGAAACCCCCCGGAACAACCCUUUCUGAAUUUCUAUUCUUGUUUUAUUUGGCAUUAGUGGCUGUCUGUCGUUGUCAAUGGCUACAUUAUUAAUGCAAACAGAAUGUUGCCUUAGACUUGUAAAUUGUCUUUUUCUUUUUUUUAUAAUCUUAAGCGUCCGCAUUGGUUGCUUUAAAAUCUUGCAACAUAUUCUGUUUUCCCAAUGGCCUUACUCUGUUCUUUUCUAUUCUAUGCAUACAACUGUCUUUGUGUAUUUAUCAAUGAGUUUACUUUUGCUUUGGACACGACUAAACAAUGUCCAUUCUUCUCUGUCCCCCCCAUAUAGCUUUUACAGCUACUGUGAUGAUGAUGAUGAAGGUGGUGGUGAUAAUGAUGAACGUAUGGGCACCUAUAUUUCACUAUUCCUUUGCAACAAGGCAAUAAAAUAUUAUGGGAUUGACAAGAGACAAAUGAUGAAAUUAUCUUAACCAUUCAGAAACACUGUUGUACGGUGUUGCGUUCCUGAAAAAUAACAAAAGUACACAUGUUGAUUCUUCGUUUCAAAAAUGCUUUCUGCUUUGGUUUUUCCUCUGUACAUGGCAAUGGGUGUGAAGAUAGUAAUUUAAUAUUUGUAUAAAGUUUAAUUUAAUUUUACAGUGUGUAUAUAACUUUCUAAUUAAAGCUUUCUUUUAAAUGUGGAA